AUGGCGCCCCGUCGCAAGUCGACUCCGAAAGCCUCGCCGGCCAAGUCUCUGAGUGGAGACCCGGUUGUUGUGGAAGAGUAUGCUAAGGCCUGGGAUACGGUGACCUCGGCUAUUGACUCUCUGAAGAGCAGUGGGCAAUGGGUGUCGAGCGGCACUGCCCCGGGAACUGUGCCCGGCUUGACAAAUGUUUUGCCGAAUGACUUCAAGGGCAGGGAUGUCCCCGUGGACACGCCGAAUCUGAGCAGCAAUAGCUCUUGCCGCCUGGCUGUGUGGUCUCUUCACUGUGUCGGUGUUUUGGGAGACCUCGAGCUUCAGACCCCGGGCUUCGCUGCAAUGUCUAUCUCAAGAUCUGACAUCGCUGGUGCCCGCGAGUACUGGUACGGUGGCUCCUCCGAGCCGCGCGAGCUUCCGAUGCUGACAGUUUUGUACACGGAUGAAACUGAGAAGGGGGGCUUCCAUCCGGUCACCCGCUUGGCGAUGAUUGCAGCCUUCAUCGCCGAAUGGGCUUCGGCGACAACGGACUCCCGACGCGAGCAGUUCAAGAAGCUUGCCGGUGCCAUCACGAUGCGCCUGUUGAAAGGCGCGGGCGACAGCGCCGAUUGCUUUUGGCAGGUCCACGCGUUUGGCGAAGACGCUGAAAAAAUCGCGCAAGAGGAGAGCAAUGCAUACUGCAUAUUGCAGAGCCUCCUCAAGAGCGUCGGAAAGCGCCACACGGCAGAGGACAUCUUUCAGGAGUUCCAGGCGAAAGUGGCGGACGGCAAGCUCAGGUAUGCCAGUGAAGAGAGCAAGAUCCGCAGCGCUGACAUGAUCUCCAAGCUCCUCCGCUUACGCGAACGCUCCACUCAGGCGGGGGUAUGGGAGACGAUGCGGGAAAUGCAACGGUCGACCGAGGGUCCGACGUGGAUGUCCAAGUGGGCGACUGCUGUGAGGGUUCUCGGGCCAUCCAAAGAUCCUCAGGAUUUCGCCUAUAUGAUCAGGCAGUUGGCGAAGGGGUUUCACUGCCCGGAGGAGGUGAAGGAUAGCUUCGUCAAGCCUGUGGGUCAAAUGACGAGGGAUCAGGUGGAAUCGACGUGCAAAGCAUUGCUGGCGACAAGGCGCAUCAUGGCCCGAGUGGCCAAGGAGUGCGGCGGGGACCCAGCCGCCGGACAGGAUAAGUCUUGGACGGAUGCACUGUCAAAAAUGCUGCUGCCCGAUGCGGUUCCUGUGACGAAGGUUGAUGGCAGCCAUGUGUCGGAUGCUUUCCUCGGAAAGAGCGACAGCCAGGUGGCUGUCCUGCAGCUGCUGCAGGACCUGAACGAUCUCAAACACUUGAAGGUCGUGCAAGCCGUGUCGGGCUAUGUGGACAAUGCGAGUUCACAAUGGUCCGACUCGCGAGUUCAGGCCAUCGUCCGUGAGGCGGUUGCAGAGUCGCCGGGCAGCAACAGCAGCAGCAAGGGCACAUCUCAGACUUCAUGCCUGCCUCAUUCCUUGCUUCCCAGGUACGGCAAAGAAUUCCUGCGACCCACCGCAGUGACCGAGCCGGAGCCUGCACCGGCACCGGUGCCGGAUGAAGGGCCUCCGGCCUGGAACGAUGGUGAUAUGAUUGAGCCCCCGGCAACUCCGGGAUCCGUUGACCCGGGGGCAAUGCACAAGCAGCUUCGGAAUGAAGUUGACAGGGAGGCGCGAAGGCAUGUCAAGUACCUGGUGGUGAACGACGUGUUGGAUAGCAACGGUGUCGCCACCACGCUGACCCCGAGCCUUGGUAACGGAAGCUUGCUGCCACGGCUCUUUGUUUCGGCAUUGCGCCCCUAA